AUGUGAUUCUUUUCUGUUUAUUGAGUUUUGUUUGAAUUAUUUUAGUUUAUUAAUUAAAAAAAUAUUUAUUAUAAAAUUUGUAUACCUUAAUAAUGUUUAACAACAAAAAUGUUGCUCAAUAAAGACUUGCUCAUCUUACCUUUGAACACAAUAGACAAUUUAAGUUAUCAAAAAUGUAUAUUACCCAAAGAUAAAUUUCCUGCUACUGCUAGACCCGGCCAAUGGUCAAAAUGUUGCUUCAUCGAAUCCACAUCAGGGAGUCAAAAUUAUGCAAUAGCACAAAUAUUUCCCCGGCAUGAUGUAGAGGGAGCAUGUUAUAUGGAUGCCAGUGUAACUCACUAUUCUUUCAAUGAUUAUCAACAAUUAACACUAAAAGAAUGUCAGUUAUUGGAAAACCCACAUGAAAUCGAGCAAGUUAACGUUUUCAUUAAGUUAAAUCCAGAAUAUUUUGUUAAAAACUCCGAAUUUUUAACUAAAACACAUUUAUUUGAAUUGGCUAAGACUUUUUUGCAAAAAUACCACUUUACACAUGAUAGCUCCAUCAAGGACGAAUUUCUACUGGAGAAUGGCAUAGAUUGCAUUAGUAUACAACUAGAUAAUUAUACAGAAGAAGGCAUUUAUUUUGUAACAGAUGCCAGUAAUGUAAUUAUAAAAAAUAUUUCUUUAACUUAUAACAAUUUUAAACGAGAACGACUGUCGUUAAAUGUGGAACCAUUUGCAAUCGUUCUACAAGAACUUCAGGAUUUAAUAAAAUUUGUACGCAUGCAACGUUCUCAGAAAAGAUCUUUAAAUAUGAGUUUGAAUGCUCUCGUUGUUGGUCCAGUGGGUUGUGGGAAAACUACUUUAGUGGAGGAGUUUUUACAGAGCCAUCAUUGUAAUAUUUUUCGUAUUGAAAUUGGAAAUUGCCUUAAGCAGUAUCCAGGAGAAACGGAAGCUGAAUUGAGAAAAAUAUUUAAAGCGGCAAUUGAUUUUGAACAUAAAUUUAAGGCUAAAGAUCCCACUGUUAUACUACUAGAAGAGCUACAUCUUCUUUGUCCCCAACCCACUUCUACAGCCGGCAACAGCUCUGAUGUCUUAGCAAAUUCUAUGCGUAUUUCAGCACAAUUACUAUCUCUGGUAGAUGCUCUUUUCACCAAUCGAGCUAACGUAAUGUGCUUGGCCACCACUUCCAAACCAGACACGCUCAAUGAACUUGUUAGACGUCCUGGCCGAUUUGAAAAUGAAAUUUCAAUAGCUUCCUUACAAGAAGGACAUCGCAAGGAUAUUUUAAAGGAAUUACUAAACCAUAGUAUACGUAACUUCAAUGUAAGUCAAACAAUUCUGGAAAAAUUGGCAAAACAAACACAAGGUUAUGUUAUAGCAGACUUAACUUUACUAGUGCGCAAAAUAGCCCAAGCGAUAUUGACAAGAACGGAAGAAAAGCAGGAGUUUGAAGAGGUCAUUGUCGAUAUGUUAAAUAAAUCUAAACCAAUUUCCUUAAAGAGUUCUGAUGUGACGGCCUUUAAAACCACAGAAACAUUUGAAUCUAUAGGUGGUAUGUUGGAUUUAAAAAAAAUUUUAGAAGUAUCCGUUUUAGCUGGUCUAAAACAAGAAGAGUCUUUUAAAAGAUUCGGUUUAAGUUUGCCUAAAGGCGUACUGUUAUAUGGACCUCCAGGUUGUGCCAAGACAACCAUAGCUAAAUGUUUAGCUACCGAGGCCAAUAUGACUUUUAUAGCCACCUCUGGUGCUGAAGUCUAUUCGCCAUAUGUGGGAUGUGCUGAAAAGUUUAUAGGAAAAAUCUUCCAAACGGCACGAAAAAAUUCUCCUUGUUUGAUAUUUUUAGAUGAAAUUGAUUCUCUUGUAGGCCGUAGGUCCUUAGCCUCCUCUGGCUCAAAUUCUGGCGAUGUUCAAGUACGCAUACUCUCCACUCUUUUAACGGAAAUGGACGGAGUUAUAGCUGCAUCUGGUCAAAGUGCACACAUACUCGUCGUUGCUGCAACAAAUCGUCCUGAUAUGGUCGAUGAUGCCCUUAUGCGUCCGGGACGUUUUGACAAAUUAAUUCAUGUACCAGCUCCUGAUUUUCUAUCAAGACGUUCUAUACUAGAUUUAUAUAAGUGCAAAAUGCCAUUUUCUCCUUGUGUUGAUUUAGAUGUUUUAGCUAAACGUACGGAGAAUUAUUCGGGUGCCGAUAUUUGUAAUCUUUGCAAUGAAGCUGCUAUGCAGGCAUUUCAACGUGAUUUUAAUUGUAGCGAAAUUUUAAUGAAAGAUUUUGAAAGUGUUCUUCAAACAUCGAAAUCUUCUUUGAUUCAGAGUCAAAUUGAUUGGUACUAUCAAUUUGAGAAUAAAUUCUAAUAAAUAGUUUAUUGUAAUUAUA